AUUGUUACGAAAUGUAAUAAAAAGCGAACUUUGAUCAGCAAUUUUUUGCGUAAUUGGGAUUUUGUUUUCAAUGAUCGUUACCCAUGUUCACUGUUCAGUGUUCACAGCUGAUGCUGAUGUUGAUCAUCUCUCUCUCUCUCUCUCUCUCUCUCUCUCUCUCUCCUCUGACUUCAAAACUCGUGUAUUUAAACAACUCCGAUUCGACCUGAUCAAUCCACCAACUUACUAAUUCUAUCACCCGACUCAGUUCUCGUCUUCCCAACAGUGAACAUGGGUGACGAUCACUUCGUUAGCAACAGCCAAUCCAACAGCAGCAACAUCUCCUGCAUUGCAGCACCCCACAACCGUCCCCCUCCCGAGAUCUCCGCCCUUGCUCGCCUCUCCGACAACCUAGAAUCGAUUGUCGACUCCACAGACUUUGACUACUUCCCCGAUGCCAAGAUCGUCGUCAACGCCGGCCGGGAAGUUCCCGUCCACCGCUGCGUUCUGUCUGCGAGGAGCGAGUUUUUCAAGAACGUGUUCUCGGCGAAGGACAGAGGAUCAUCAGCAGCGUCGUCGUCGUCGUCGGUUGCGGCUCCUCGGUUUGAAUUGAAGGAGCUCGCCAAGGAAUACGAAGUCGGACUGGACGCGCUCCUCGCCGUUUUGGGGUAUUUGUACAGCGGGAAGCUCAGGUCGCUGCCCAAAGGCGUUUGCGUCUGCGUGGACGACGCUUGCGCACAUGUCGCUUGCCGGCCGGUGGUUGAUUUCAUGGUGGAGGUUCUGUAUGCUUCUGCAACUUUUCAACUCUCUGAAUUGGUCUCUCUUUAUCAGAGGCAUCUGCUAGAUAUUCUUGAGAAAGUCGUCAUAGAUGACAUACUGGUGGUGCUGUACGUCGCCAACAUGUGCGGCAAAGCUUGCGAGAGAUUGGCGGGGAGGUGCGUUGAGAUGAUAGUCAAGUCCGACGCCGACGUUGUAACUCUUGAGAAAGCCCUGCCGCAACACUCCGUGAAGCAGAUUACUGAUUCCCGCCUGGCGCUCGGCUUGGACAGGCCUCAACAGUUCCACUCUGGUGCUAGUACUAGUCAUUUCCCAGAUAAACACACCAAGAGGAUACACAGGGCUUUGGAUUCGGAUGAUGUCGACUUGGUGCGAAUGCUGCUGAAAGAAGGGAAUACCAAUCUCGACGACACCUUUGCGCUGCACUACGCUGUCGCAUACUGCGAUGCAAAGACCACAACGGAGCUGCUUGAUCUUGGAAUUGCAUAUGUUAAUCGUAGGAAUCCGAGGGGGUACACUGUGUUGCACGUUGCGGCGAUGAGGAAGGAGCCUAAGAUCAUUGUGUCCCUUCUCACGAAGGGUGCUCGCCCUUCGGAUCUUACGCUGGAUGGGAGGAAAGCUGUGCAGAUCACUAAGCGGCUUACCAGGGCUGUGGAUUUUUUUAAGUCUAAUGACGAGGGAAAGUCUUCUUCCAAUGAUCGCUUGUGCAUAGAGAUUUUGGAGCAAGCGGAAAGAAGGGAUCCGUUGCUUGGAGAAGCCUCGCUUUCGCUUGCUAUGGCUGGCGAUGAUCUGCGCAUGAAACUUUUGUACCUUGAGAACAGAGUUGGACUUGCAAGAUAUCUGUUCCCCAUGGAAGCCAAGGUUGUAAUGGAUACCACCCAAAUCGAUGGCGAUGCUUCUGAGUUUCCGAAGGGUCUGGCCAGCUCUCAGAGGACGACGGUGGACUUAAACGAGGCACCGUUCAAAAUCAAGGAAGAGCACCUUAGCCGUCUACAAGCUCUAUCUCGAGCUGUGGAAAUAGGGAAACGCUUCUUUCCCCGGUGCUCGGAAGUACUGAAUAACAUCAUGGACGGCGAUGACAUAUCACAGAUUCAAUACACCUGGAACGACACGCCAGAAUUGCGGCUCACGAAGAAACGAAGGUACAUGGAACUCCAGGAAGUACUAAGCCAGGCAUUCGACAAGGACAAAGAGGAGUUCGAUCGGUCUGGAAUUUCUUCUUCUUCGUCUUCCACAUCGAUAGGCGUGGUGAGGUCUAAUGGUGGUACGAUCACCAGUCAAGAAAUAAGACAGUUUCUGCCAAACCUGAGGCAGAAUGUUCAUAGGAAAGCUUCUCGUAGCGAUGAUUUCGUGCUUGCUUUCUGUUCGAUUUAGAUCGUAUUUCUGUGUUAGAACAUGUUCCUUUGUUAAUAUCGUAAUCAUGUUCUUGGUUAGUAUGAGAUGAAUUUUGUAGCAAUGGCUCUUGAACCA